CCCGACUGGCGGCCGGAACCGCGCGGAUGCCUCGUAGUGAGACCCUCGGGAGGUGGUCCACGAAGCUACCCACGACAUCCUUCCACAGCCCCGAAGCCCCAUCGCUUCAUCCAUUCCUUCCUGGAGCGGGGACCUGGCCUCUGCUUUCCUUAGAGGACCCCAGCUCCUCAGUCCUCUAGGAGCUCCAGGUCUGAGAGUCACUGGAGCUACCACAGCCACCAUGGGGCCCUGGGGAGAGCCAGAGCUCCUGGUGUGGCGACCCGAGGCGGUAGCCUCAGAGCCCCCGGUACCUGUGGGACUGGAGGUGAAGUUGGGGGCCCUGGUGCUGCUGCUGCUGCUCACUCUCAUGUGCAGUUUGGUGCCCAUCUGUGUGCUGCGCCGGCCCGGAGCUAACCCUGAAGCCUCAGCCUCCCGCCAAAAAGCCCUGAGCCUAGUAAGCUGCUUCGCAGGGGGUGUCUUUCUGGCUACCUGUCUCCUGGACCUGCUGCCUGACUACCUGGCUGCCAUAGAUAAGGCCCUGGCGGCCCUGCAUGUAACGCUCCAGUUCCCCCUGCAAGAGUUCAUCCUGGCCAUGGGCUUCUUCCUUGUCCUGGUGAUGGAGCAGAUCACGCUGGCUUACAAGGAGCAGUCGGGGCCACCGCCUCGAGAGGAGACGAGGGCUCUGCUGGGAACAGCAAAUGGUGGGCCGCAGCACUGGCAUGAUGGGUCAGGGGUCCCACAGACAGGCGGAGCUCCCACAACCCCUUCAGCCCUGCGUGCCUGUGUACUGGUCUUCUCCCUCGCCCUGCACUCAGUGUUUGAGGGGCUGGCGGUGGGGCUGCAGCGAGACCGGGCUCGGGCCAUGGAGCUGUGCCUGGCUUUGCUGCUCCACAAGGGUAUCCUGGCAGUCAGCUUGUCCCUGCGUCUGCUGCAGAGCCACCUGCGAGCGCAAGUGGUGGCUGGCUGUGGGAUUCUCUUCUCAUGCAUGACACCUCUGGGCAUUGGGCUGGGUGCAGCUCUGGCAGAGUCAGCUGGGCCACUGCACCAGCUGGCUCAGUCUGUGCUGGAGGGCAUGGCGGCUGGCACUUUUCUCUAUAUAACCUUCCUGGAAAUCUUGCCCCAGGAGCUGGCCACUUCUGAGCAGAGGAUCCUCAAGGUCAUUCUGCUCCUAGCAGGCUUUGCCCUGCUCACUGGCCUGCUCUUCAUCCAAGUCUAGGGGGCUCCAAGAGGGGCAGGGGAGGUUGGGUGUCAGGUUCCCUUGACCUUCCUCCCCUCCUCCAGUGUGUGGGGAAUAGGAAGGAGUGGAGAAGGGAGGAAUUGAGGACGACAGAGUUUUAUGGGAGAUAGGGACGGAGCCUUGGAACUACCUGACCAAUGAGAGGGGACUGGGCCCAAGCGACAAGGCCUAAGGGACAAGGGAUGGUCAAGUCACUAGAGACAUGAUCAAGGGACAGUAUUGAGAAGACACUGAGUGCUAGAAUCAGGAGUCAGACACUAUACAUAGAGACAAACUGACAGUGGGGAGGCCAGAAGUGGGCACCCAGCUGCUGUGGGAUAGAGGUAUAGAGCGGGCACAGGCCCAGAGUCAGCAGUCCUCUUGGUUCUAUCCCAUUUCAGCUAGUGGAUUGGACCCCUCCUACUUUUCUUAGCUCCUACUCUCAUAUCUAUCUCCCUCUUCCUUUCUCCCAAGGGACUAGUGCCAAAUGGCCUCUUCCUGCCAGUUUUGGCACCUUCUAUGGCUUUUCCAGUCCUGCUUACUCCUAUUUUUAAAGUGCCAAAUAAAUCCCUUCCCUCUUUCUCAAAGCACAGUGAUGGCACUGAGCCCUGCCCAGCACCUCAGUGGAAGGGGCCUGCUUGCUCUUUAUUUUGGUCCCAGAUCCUGGGGUGGGGCAGAAACAUUUGCUGGGUUGGGGUAGGGGUAGGGUUGGCAGACCUACGGCUCCCUACCACUGCUGCACCCUAGGAAUACUGAAUGUGGGCAUGGUGCCCCAGGCCCAGACGAUAAACACUGAGCUGCCGAAACUUUUUUUAUACUAGAGGAGCCCAAGGGGGACCGGGAAGACUCACCUCCAGGGUUAUUUUUGGGGGAGGGAGGGCUGUGCAUAGGGCCAUAUUCUCUAGAAUCUAUUUUACUAACUGACCUGUUUUGGGACAUGUUACCCAAAUAAAAGAUGUUUCUAUACA